AUGGGUGGUGGUGGUGGCGGCGAGUCGCGAUGCUGCGGCGACGACGACGACGAGUGGCGGUGGCGGCGACCGUUGGUGGUGGGUUGCGGCGGAGGUGGCGGCGGAGGUGGCGAUCCUCAUGAUCGCAAGGCCAUGGUAUCAUAUAACGUGAAUCAAAUCAGAAGGGCAUACCUAUUAAGAGAACUAUGUCAACCAAGAGGUAUUGAGUUCCCACAAUCAACGUUUCAAGGUAAUGAGUUAAGAAAAUUUAAGGAAGGAUGCUAUGACAAAAUGCAGUACAAGGGAUGUGCGUUUGACAUUCCAAAUAUACUCAAACUUGCCGAGAAGUAUCCAUGUGAUUUCGAUGAAUCCGAAAAACGAAGGCUUCCGAUUCAACUCGGAAAGUACAUAGAUUUUGUGAAAAAAGAUAAACAAUUCGCCAACUUAGAUGGUUUGUCAAGUCUUGCAAGGUUAAUGGUUUCAACAAAUAUUCACCUAUCAUUUACAUUGGUGUAUCGUUUAUUAAAGCUUUUUCUCGUAUUACCCGUUGCAACCGCAACCAUUGAAAGAUGUUUUUCGGUAAUGAAUAACGUGAAGACCGACAUGCGUAAUCGGAUUGGCGAUGAGAAUUUAAGUGAUAGUUGA